AUGAGCCACCCUUCUCCCCAGAAGAACGGCGGCAAUAAUGUUCCCCCUCCCAGACAAAUCCGCUUCGUUUCAACAGAUGGGCAGCCCCAAACCAAGCGGCGACGAGUUAAUGCGGCAUGUCUGACGUGUCGCAAGCGCAAAAUCCGCUGCUCCGGCGAACAACCAGUGUGCAAAACAUGUUCCGAUUACAACCAUAUCUGCCAAGGGUACAGCGAACCGUCUGCCCACGCCCGGUCCCAAUCCGAUGCCGCAUCACGAACUCCUACAAUUGCCCCUCUACCGACUCCCGGUGAUGCGACAGCCUUGCGCGCGGCGCGGAAGGCCGCAAGUCGCUCCCCUAGUUCUCCGCGCCGAACCAUAGUGCCAAUCACUGACGGUGUGGAUAAGCCCUCCGAAGCACUCAAACCGUUGGAGCCGAAGGAAGAACCACUGCCGACAGACACAUCCUCGCGAACAACAAAAGAGUUCGAGCAACCGAACAACGGGGCCAGUCCAGAAAGCAGUCGCACCUCGCUAAGUAGCAGCGCACGCACUCAUGUGCCCUACUUUAGGUAUUUUGGGCCAACAGCUAUUGUCCCUGGCUUCAAACAGAUGGUCGUCCAGGUGCGAGGUUCGCGCAAGAGCAAUCCGUCACUGUCAUCAGAGUCUCUGUCUCCCCUUCGUAGUCCCAAAUUCGCAGAUGCGGGCUUAAAUCACCACAGCCAUUUACCCGACACUAGAGACACCCGUGAUUACAACUCUAUCCCUUUCUAUGAUCGCGACGAUUCCCUUUCUGUCAGCAACUUAGUGAUGCACCUAUGUGACCUAUUUUUCGUACAUCUCGGGUGCAGCUUUCCGUUCCUUCAGCGAGACAGGUUUCUGCGCGAUCUGAAAGACAAAAAGGUCGACACCAUGCUGGUGGAUGCCGUUUGUGCAUUGUCUGCGAGAUUCUCCCCCCACCCGCUGUUGAGUCCGCCUCAAGCUCCAACCAUCGAUGGCUCUGAGCCGCAGAUCGAUCUGAAAAAGUCCACUCGCGGACAACCAUUCGCCCACAGAGCAAUGAGCGCCCUAGUUGAUACUCUCUCGUGCCCGACGCUUUCCGGAGUGCAGGCGUGUCUGUUACUUGCGUAUGACGAGUUCGGCUCGAAUCAUGACAGUGGUCUUUGGAUGUACUUGGGAAUAUCCAUACGGAUGGCCCAGGACCUAGGCAUGCAGAAGGUCCAGGGUUUGGAGUAUAACUAUGGCCUGAGUGGGGUCACUCCAAAUGCAGUAAUGACUGGGCAGGCUGGCAAGUUGAGAGAUGACCAGUAUGAUGAGCCUCAAAUCUCUCCAGGCUCCGCCCAAGAUAUGCAAGAUACCGAAAGCCGACGGGCUCGGGAGCGUGAACGGGUUGACAGCUUCUGGAGUAUCUUCUUCCUCGACCGAGUGAUCUCGUCAGGAACAGGUAGACCAGUGACCUUACGCGACGAGGACAUAGAGCUUUGCUUUCCACUUCAGUCUGAGUCCCGGUUGGCCAAUGGAUGGCCCGCACCUUUUCCACCGCUCAUCCGUAUAAUCCAUUUGUACGGAAGAGUGACGGAUCUCAUCAACGGCAUACAAGAUGUCAACCAUGUAACAUCGGAUACAUUGAAAAUGCUGGCCGGUAUGGAGAGUGAUUUGACAGGCAUAUACCAACGCCUGUCGCCUCGACUCCAUUUCAAUGCUGCCAAUUUCCAGGCGUACGUCAAAGCGAAGGAAGGAACCAACUUCAUCCUGCUUCACUUUUGGUUCCAUACGCUGAUUGUCCUGCUCCAUCAACCUACGCUUCUGAACUCGUUCGGGGGAACCAUCCAACAUCUUUAUCCGAACAGCAGAGAACUGUCGAUGUCGUCGGCCAAAACCAUCGCCGAUAUACUGUCUUUCUCUGAACUUGUGGAUGGGAGAAGCUUCAUCGGCAACCCUUUUACAAGCCAGCCAAUGUAUAUUGCCGCAUGUGCUUUCCUCAUGGAGAGCGCUUAUUACUCGUCACCCUCUUCAAGAUCUGGCUCGCCCCCGACGCAGCCAUUGCUGGCAAAUCAAUCCAGUGGUUUCGUGAUGCCGAAUAUGGAUCCCUCGAGUGGAGCUGAUCGAAAGCCGACCGCCAAACACAUACUUCUUGCAUCGGCCGCAAAGGAGAAUUACCAGCGGUGCUACAAAGCGCUAAAGGCGCUCGAGACGUAUUGGGAGGGUACCAAAUACAUUCUCACGGUGUUAGACCAAAAGGCGAAGGGCAUAGUUGAUCCGCUCUUGUAUACGACCGAGGAGAUGGAAAGUGCAGUGGAAGUGUCUGCCGUCCAGCCUUUUACUGCACCACCUUGGCAGCGUACACAACACUCCUUACCUGCUCCAGGCGAAAGAGAACGCCCAGCAGAUGCCCACGCGCAUUCGGGCGGAAGACGGUCGCCUAUGAUUGACCCAAGUCAAGCUAUCGGGUGGGCUCUGACGGGCGCAACCAACUCGUCUCAACCAAACCUGAGUCUUCUGUAUCAGUUACCCGCCCAGGCCGAGCCUGUAUCAGACAAGCCAACAUAUUCAUCCCAGUACAGCCAUAGCUACCCUCACCUUCCCGUACAAUCUGGCGAUAGUCAGAACCCGAACUCUUAUCCACAUUCUCUGGAGCCGUCCAGAAAUAGGGGGACUACGACGAGCACAUCGAUGGCACCCGGCCCGGAAAGAUUUUCGCCGCUUGCACCCUCCGGACAAGUCACCACUUCUGAAGCCAAUUUGCUCCUUGGCUUAAAUACCUCUUUCCCAAGCCCCGCAUCCAGACCCUCACAUCCGCGACCAACAUACAAUCAUCCUUCGUCUUCUUCUAGGUUCGAAUCUCAGGCGCCUAGCUUUAACUAUAGCUUACCUGCUGGCAGCGACCAGCAACACGGGGACGGCCAGAUGAACGCACGGACAGUUCUCCACCCUGCUGUGGGCUCCCAUGCAGGGGACAUAUUCAUUCAGAGUCAAGACAUUGACAUGGCCACCCUUCAGCAACAAGAUCAGCUCCCGUUCACAUUCAGUGGGGAAAUCCUUCCGUGGCUGGAAUAUCUGCCACAAGACGUUCUUAAUUAUUUUGGGGAGCAUCAAAACUACCCUGCUCUGAUGAGCCCUCAUGAUGAAACGCCACAAGCUCCCCAUUGA